UCAGUAUACACAGCAGGCCCCAAUAUUCAACCAUCGAAAAGGGAUGCAUAUAUCUCUCUGCUUGCGGAUGAUCUACUGAAUAAGGCUUUUAAAGUUACACCAGAUGAAGAAAGCCUAGAAAGGGUCCGCAAAGCUCUCCCUCUAUAUCUUCAGACGUUCGCUAUGAAGGUGGGGUCGAGUGGUUCGGCAUUGAUCUGUCGCGAUGUUAUGGUUUUUGUGCGCAGAUACAGACGCGAGAUUUCCAAUACCAUGAUACAGAGCUAUAUCACAGAGACUGGUGUUCGUUCUGACAGAGUCGAUUUUGAUUCCAUCAGCAACUGGCACCCGGAUACAGAUAAUUUGGAAGAUCCCAAUACUGCUCUUAAUAAGAAACCGGACGAUGCUAUGGAUGGUAAUUCUGAUGACGAUCUUGACGAGGCAGACCGGGCCACCGACUCUUUGCCAGAAUUUUCCGUCUAUAGAGACUUCAUAUCGCAGCACCCAGCGUAUGAAUGGCUAUUACAGUAUAUACAGAAAGAGCUGUAUAUGGAUGAGCCCGGAAAUGUACAGACCGAUAUCAGAAAAACCAUUAUAGAUUAUCUGCCCAAAUCCCAGAGGGUCAGCAGAAGUGAAGCCGCCAAAAGAUUUACUUUGACAUUUACUGCUGAUUGGGACCCAGGCUCUUUUUUGCAAGAACAAGAAUACACAGAAAGCCCCGAGAGAGCAGUGGAGCGAGCUAUUACAAUUACCGGAUCCAAAGUUGAUGCCCAAGCGGCGACGACUACACAAUAUCUUAGCCAGACAUGGCCGUCAUCUGGCAUUCAUCUUCUACAUGUUAUGAAGAGUGUAGUGCGUGAUACUAAUAAUAUGCCAUUUUUCUACAGUCUUCCUGAUAAAACCCAGCUGGUUGUAUGGUCUCGAGGACCAGAGUUUAACCUUCAAGUCACUGGGACAGCAGACUCUAUAGCAGACAUCGGAGAACAGCUCGCUUGGCUUGGCUCAGCACUUCGCUCAUCUCCAUAUAAAACCAGCGUCGCUAUCGUUAGUGCUUUUGUGAGUGACAUAGGAACGAGUUCAACCAGAGAUAUGGCUGAAGGACUUCCGACAACAUUUUUCUGCAACAUCGGGUUUGGCGUCGACGCGAUUGAGGACACUGGCGAGAUAUCAAAUGGCCAAUGCUGGCACCAGCUAUUCCAAAAUCCAGUGAUCGUCAAAGGCUAUCCCAUCCUGCGGAGACCAAUUUCCAACAUAGGACUUGAGCUAAGUCUAGACACUAUGGCGCUCCUGGCAGGGACGCGUUACAUAAAUACCUUUAAAAACAAGAUAUUUAUCAAGGGAUUUUCGAUAAUGCUGGUACCAACGCGGUAUUCCGACAAUAUCCUGCUAUGGCACUUGCUGUGGAGGAAGGAUGGAGGUCGCGUCUCAUAUCUUGACGGGAUGGAUAUCCACGCCAAUGAUGUCAGCGUGGCUGACUUGAAAAAUAGUCGCCAUAUCCUUGGCUGGUCUUCUCAAAUAAGAUACCUUGUUGGAUCUGCCGACGCAAACUAUAACGUUGAUGGGUCGUGCUUAAGGAAACUUCGGGAGGAUUGCGAAUCGAAUGACAUUUUGAUAUCGAAGGGCCUAGCAAUUCAAUUUAAUCACGAAGCAGCUAAGGGAAAGAAAGAUUCAUCGCCACAGAUCCUCAAAGACUCUUACAGACGGAAAUUAGAAUUUCUGUCCCAGAAAUACAUGGUACUUUGGGACGUUCAAUGCAAACGUGGGUGGUUGGUUGAUGGAGUGAAUGCAUUACUUCAUCUCCUCCGCGCAUCUCUCGAGUUCAACAAGACCGACAAACUUUCAUUUAAGUUUCUCUUCAAGUCAGAUAUGUUUGAAGAAGCAACAAGGAAACCUUAUACUGCCUCGGCAGCGAUGGAAGUUCUCUUCAAUUUUGCAAACCUUGGUAUGGAGCUUUAUGAGGAAUAUGAACAGGAUGAAUCAGGCGAAAAUAUCAAAUACCGAGUCUGUGACCGCAUCGAUGACUUAUUUGAGGCUCUUGAAAAGGCCAUUGACUACCAACCUGAAAUAAUUCGCAAAAUAGGAGAAGGGUUGGAAUUUGUUCCACGAAAAAACCUUGGAGGUUGGGAUUUUUAUGACAUUGCAACGAAUGAAGAUGGUACCGAACCGCGUCUCGCAAAAGUGAAAACAGCUGGUAAAGGAUGGGUUGAUUUUACACGGGCUAUCGGAGCCGUCUUCUUAUUCGGCAGAGACUUUGGCAAUUUAAUGGGCCCAAUAUCAGAGGAUUACACUUGCAGUCACUGGGAGAGACUACCGGAAAACAAAUAUUAUCUCGCUGCUAGUGCAGAGGAUCUGAACACGAUUAUGAAGCGCAUGGGAAAUCCAAGAGCGAAUCCCCCACGGUUAACAGAUUCACUUGUCUGGAAUCCUUAUAACAUGGCGUUGAAUACAAGAUGUGACUGCAGCAUUCUUGAAGAGACGCAUUGCGAACGAGCUCAGGUUAUGUGGCCAAGAGAUAUAUGGGCAAAAGUUAUAUCGCCGGAGGAAAUAAGCCGAAGUUUGCUUCCAAGCACUUCCCUGUUGCUAAAAGACAGUGGAGCCGUGGUAUUUGGUCACAGUCCGGGCAUAAAAUGGAUAUGGAACGACUUUGGAGACCCCGAAAAGGGAGAACUUCCGUUGAUGGAUGAAGAAUCGGACGAUGACUCCCCUCCUGACAGCGGGAUUGGCUUGAGUCUUCGUUCAUCCACCGUCCAUGAGUCACAGUAUGCCAGGCAGAAUGACCAUUUCUUUGAACACAAACAAUAUAAGGUUGCUAUCAUUUGUGCUCUGCCAGAAGAGUUAAAGGCCGUCCGCACUCUAUUCGACGAAAUCCAUCAAGAUUUACCAAAGCAGGAGAGUGAUGCUAAUACCUACAAUCUUGGCCGUUUGGGAACCCAUUACGUGGUUGCGGCUUGUCUACCAGUCCAAGAGUAUGGCACGAAUGCCGCUUCGAGAGUCGCCUCAGACAUCGAGAAAAGUUUUCCUGCGGUGAAAUGGUAUUUCGUUGUCGGGAUUGGUGGAGGAAUACCCUCAGAGAACCAUGAUAUCCGACUGGGUGAUGUCGUGGUCAGCACUGGCGUCAUUCAACACGAUAUGGGCAAAGUGAUGCAAAAGGACUCCAGGAUUACGAGCACAGGAUUACCGCAACGUCCCGCUCCCUCGAUGCUGACUGCAAUUAGUUCGGUGCAAUCUGAUAAAAGCGUCACCCACAAUAUCCUAGAGGCACACAUACAAGAUAUAGUCAAUCUGGAGCCUGAAUACCAAAGCCCUGGAGAAGAUCGGGAUACACUAUUCUACGCUAUAGCCGAACACGAAUAUGGACAAAAGACGUGCGAAAACUGCAAGGGUCCCCAUGUCCCCAAGAAGCCCCGGCCUCCUGGACCGCAUAUUCAUUACGGCUUUAUUGCCUCUGGGAACCAGGUUAUAAAAGAUGCGGUGACUCGGGACCGCAUUGGUGCUGAAAUGAAUGUUUUAUGCUUUGAAAUGGAAGGCGCUGGUGUGAUGGUGACUGGAAAAUGUUUGGUGAUUCGGGGAAUAUGCGACUAUGCCGACUCGCACAAGAAUGACGAGUGGCACAAGUAUGCAGCUGCCACUGCUGCUGCAUAUACCAAAUUCUUUCUGCUCCGAAUA